AUGCAAAAGCAUCAGGCAGCUCACAAGUGAGUCACUUCGAGUGGUUUCCAAGCAAAGGGCAGGAUGUGAUGAUUGAAGCCAUCAAGCGAACUGGCGUUGGCUCCUCCGACAGAAUCCUCGAUGUUGGAUGCGGCAGCUCUCGUCUCAUCUGGGACCUCUGCGACGAGGGAUACACGCGAGUGAUCGGCAUCGACUUCAGCCCAGUCGUCAUCAAGAAGCUCCAGGCUGAGCGGGAGCAAUGCGCAGGCGCGAAGGAGCAAACUCUGCACCUCUUCCACAUGGACGCAGCAGCCCUCGCGUUCUCCGACGCCUCCAUCGCUCUUGUCCGCUCGCCUCUCCUGUUCACCCGCUCCUCUCACACGCGCCAGGUCGUCGACAAGGGGCUCCUCGACUCCGUCCUGGCCGUCCAUGAUCGGCGAGAGCUGUGGAAGCGAAGUGGCAAGAAGGAGGCACAAGAUCCCUUCCUGAAGAGAGCGGCGAGAGAAGCAGAGGAGAAAGGAAGGAAGGUCUUGGUGGAGCUGCGCAGAAUACUCAAGAGCGACGGGGUAUACCUGGUGGUCUCCUAUGAGGAGCCGACUUACCGGAUGCCGUUCCUGCGACAAGCAUCAGCAGAGGGCGAGCAGCUAUGGAGGGAAAUGGUUUCUCUACACGUGCAAAGCUUGAAGAUGCCGACCCAAGGCUCCAGCACGAUAAGGCGCUUCCGAUCGGAUCACUUGAGUCAGCCUUGCGGAUACGGGAGAUCGGAGACAGGAGGGAGUCCCGUCCAAAAGCGACGCCGCUGUGUUCGUGCUCCCUUGUCAGACUCUGGCUUGAAGCCCUGA